AUGAGCCAGGAUCAGGGAUCAGGACCCCGUAAACGGUCUGCUCUCAUUCUCUAUGGCUCAGAAACCGGUAAUGCCCAAGAGGUGGCCGAAGAGCUGGGGUCUUUGGCCGAGCGCCUACAUUUCCUGACUCAGGUUUCGGAGAUGAACCAUGUCAAGCCAGAGAAAUUGAGCUCGUAUACUAUUGUUGUCUUUGCUAUCUCGACAACGGGGCAGGGAGAUCUACCUGCUAAUGCACGGACGUUUUGGAGAUCUUUGCUUUUGAAGAGGCUUCCGCCGACGUUUUUGGAGGGCGUUAGUUUUACGUCGUUUGGGUUGGGGGAUAGUUCUUAUCCUAAGUUCAAUUGGGCUGCGCGCAAGCUGUGCAAGAGAUUGGUUCAGUUGGGCGCAAGUGAGACCUGUCUUAGUGGAGAGGCGGAUCAACAGCAUCCUGAAGGACUGGAAGGAACAUUUAUUCCUUGGAUAACGGAUUUCCGCAAACACUUGCUGGACACAUACCCUCUUCCUGAAGGCCAGCAUCCGAUACCGGAUGAUGUCCAAUUACCACCAAAAUGGGUGCUGCAAUUACAGGGUCAACCCCCAAGCUCCAAUGCGGACCCUGUUGUCUCAGGAACAGGAGUCGACGAUUCAAAGUCCCGACUAGAGCAUGACCUCCGCCCAAUCCCAGAUACACUGACUGCAACACUCAUCCAAAACAAACGGGUGACACCUCCAAAGCACUGGCAAGAUGUACGACACGUCUCCCUGACAGUUCCCGACUCCGUCACCUAUGUCCCCGGCGACAUGAUCUCCAUCAUGCCCAAGAACUUCGCCGAGGACGUCCAAGCCCUGAUUCAGAUGAUGGGCUGGGAAGACCAGGCCGAUCAGGUGGUCUCGCUGGUCCCUGCUAAUAGCCAGCACUCCGUCGAAGACCUACCUUUACCACCCAUGCCUAACCUGGAGUCGUAUCCGAAGCUGACGCUACGCGCGCUCAUCAUGGACUACUUAGAUAUUCGAGCGAUCCCUCGCCGGAGGUUCUUCUCGGAGAUUUCUCAUUACACUAAUGAUGAAAUGCAGAAGGAGCGAUUACUUGAGUUCACUAAUCCCGAGUUCCUGGAUGAGCUCUGGGAUUAUACCUCGCGACCGAGACGCAGCAUCCUGGAGGUUUUACAUGAGUUCGAUACGGUGAAGAUCCCAUGGCAGCAUGCGACAUCGGUGUUCCCCGUUCUCAGAGGGCGACAAUUCAGCAUUGCCAGCGGAGGCGAACUAAAGCGGACACCCGAAGGCGGCGCCAAGUUCGAGCUAUUGAUCGCUAUCGUGAAAUACAAGACCAUAAUCAAGAGAAUCAGAGAGGGUGUCUGCACAAAGUAUAUAUCGGUACUCCAACCGGGGAGUACCCUGAAAGUGCAUCUGCAGCGUGGAGGCCUGAAUUCAUCGUUGGGUCAGCUAUCUGGGCCAACGGUUUUGGUUGGUCCCGGCACUGGAGUCGCGCCGCUACGGUCUAUGAUUUGGGAGAAAGCUGCCUUUGUCAAGGCGUAUAAGGAGGAAAAUCGUGGGGCUGAGCCGACCAUUGGGCCUACCAUUCUUCUCUUUGGAGGACGUAACCGAAAUGCCGAUUUCUUCUUUGAUGAAGAGUGGCAGCAGCUUAGUAAGUUGGUUAAAUUGGAGGUCUUUGCAGCGUUCUCCAGGGACCAGAAACAGAAGGUCUAUGUACAGGACGUUAUCCGAGAUAACUUUGGAUUAUUCUUUAGACUCUUGCAUGAGAUGGCUGGGUCAGUAUAUGUGUGCGGCUCGUCAGGACGAAUGCCGCAAGCUGUCCGGGAGGCGCUGAUUGAAGCAUUCCAGCAUGGUGGGGAAACCGACGCAGAGCGCUUUAGCAGAGAAGAGGCAGAAGAGUAUUUGCUUGGCAUGGAGAAGUCUGGCCGCGGUUUGCGCAUUUUGGUGCCCGUCAAGCGGGUGAUCGACUACGCGAUCAAACCCCGUAUCAACAAGGCCCAGACCGGCGUCGAAACCGCCGGCGUCAAGCACUCGCUCAACCCAUUCGACGAACUCUCGAUCGAGGAGGCCGUCCGCCUCCGUGAGCGCAAGGGUCCUCUUAAAGUCGAGAACAUUCUCGCUCUCUCCGCGGGCGGAGCCAAAUGUGCUGAUACCCUCCGCACGGCGAUGGCCAUGGGCGCCGACCGCGCGUUCCACGUCGACGUCGCCGACUCCAACGAUGGGGGCCUGGAGCCUCUUACCAUCGCGAAGAUGCUGAAGGAGGUUGUCAACAAGGAGAACAUCAACCUGGUGCUGCUCGGGAAGCAGGCUAUCGAUGGCGACCAGGGUCAGACCGGUCAGAUGCUCGCGGGCCUGUUGGGCUGGCCGCAGGCGACGCAGGCUAGCAAGGUAGAUAUCAAGGAUGAGCAAGGAACAGUGGAGAUCACCCACGAGGUUGACGGCGGUGUUGAGACUCUUCGGGCUAAGUUGCCUCUCAUCAUUACUACCGACUUGCGACUCAACGAGCCGAGGUAUGCUACUCUGCCGAACAUUAUGAAGGCCAAGAAGAAGCCGUUGGAGAAGAAGACACUGGCGGACUUUGGUGUGGAGGAUAAGAAGCGCUUGAAGACGCUGAAGGUCACUGAACCCCCGGCCCGCCAGGGUGGCGGCAAGGUUGAGGACGUCGAUGGAUUGAUCGGAAAGCUGAAGGAGCUGGGUGCUCUGUGA